UCAAGUCACUGCAGGGUUUCGAGCAGCAAGAUGGCUUCGUGUAUGAUGAUACCGAUUAUAGUGUUGAUCCUAGUAAGCAUGGCAGCGAACGCUCUGGCUGAUGAUCGGCGGCAACUCCAGCUGAUGCAGGAUCCGGCCGCCGGCGACGUGCUCUCGUACCACGGCGGCGCGGUGCUCAGCGGCGACAUCCCGGUGUCGAUCGUCUGGUACGGUAAGUUCGCGCCGUCGCAGAAGGACAUCGUCGUCGACUUCGUGCAAUCGCUGACGUCCACGUCGUCGUCGUCGCAGCGGGCCGCGACGCCGUCGGCCGCGCAGUGGUGGAGCACCCUCGCGACGGUUUACCUGUCGAACGCGACCACAGGCGGCGGCGGGAAGCCGGCGGCGGCGACGCGCGUCGUCCUGUCCGGUCAGGUGUCCGACGAGGAGUACUCCCUCGGCAAGACGCUGACGCUGGUCCAGGUCUUCCAGCUCGCCGCCGGCGCGGCACCGAAGAGAGGCGCCGUCGUGCUGGUCCUCACCGACCCGGACGUCGUCGUCGAGGGCUUCUGCAGCGUGCGCUGCGGCGUCCACGGCUCCGACGCCGGCGCCGGGUACGCCUACGCGUGGGUGGGGAACGCCGAGCGCCAGUGCCCCGGACAGUGCGCGUGGCCGUUCGCGGCGCCGCCGUACGGGCCGCAGGGCUCGCCGCUGGGCGCGCCGAACGGCGACGUGGGAACGGACGGCAUGGUGGUGACGCUCGCCAGCACGCUGGCCGGCGCGGUGACCAACCCGUUCGGCGACGCCUACUACCAGGGCGACAAGGACGCGGCGCUCGAGGCGUGCACGGCGUGCGCCGGCGUGUACGGGAGCGGCUCGUAUCCCGGCUACGCCGGGAAGGUGCUCGUCGACGAGGCGAACGGCGGCAGCUACAACGCCAUCGGCGGCGGCGGCAAGAGGUUUCUUCUCCCCGCCAUUUACAACCCGGCGACCACUGGUUGUUGCUCUACGACGGUGUAGAACGCACAUUCAGCCUCUCAUUAUAUGGGCCUCAAUUGGUCAAUUCCGGCCUAUCUACGUGGAUGGCCCAGAAGUUUGGCCCAUCCAUAUCAGGCCUCACGAAAAACAAUUCCCAUGAAGAUUUUUUUUUGAACGAACACCAUGAAAAAUUGAGGACCCCUUUGCUAGGCCUCAAACCUUUCCACAUCUAAUAUCUAAAGCUGCCUCUUCGCUAGCAUUUGAUUGGUCUACUUGGCGCCUCUUACUUUGAAGAAAAAAAUAAAUUUAUAUUAGAGAAAAAGCACCUAACAAUAAUAUGUGAGGACAAAUCUAGAGAAAAAUAUCACAUAUUAAUUCU